GCCCUGUCAGGAUAUCCUGUCAUUCAGUUAGGAAGGCUUUAUUCAGCUUUCCAGUGAAAACUUUCAGCUAAUACCCUGCAUUUUGGAAUCUCUCCUGGCUGGGCAAGCUCUCCAUGCCAAAUCCCACACUCAUUUACAUUGGGGAACACAAGAGUCCUGUUAAACUAUUUACCUAAGAAUGCAGAAGGAGUAGCACCUCUGAAGAACAAUAAUUUUAUGUCUGAAUUUGAGUUUCCAUGUUUGGAGGAUUCUGAAAGAACAAGAAUCCAAUUUUUCACAAUGGGAAAAAAUCCAGGUUUUUUAUUCUUUUUUGCUUUUGUGGUUGCAAUGAAACUGUGUUCGUCGUCACAAGUCCAAGAUGAGAUGAAGAAGCAAUGUGAUCAAAAGCUGCUCAUUAGAAUGAAAACUCAAUGUGUACCUUGCUCUUUAAACCUUGACACCCAGUGCCCUGCUGGUUACACCAAAAUUACCAAUGGGACUGGGAUACCAGACUGCAGGUAUUAUCUGGAAAUUAAAACACACACACUUUCUUUUCCGGGAUGUCGGCAUCAUUGUGUGAAGGAAUUUGAACAACCUGAGUGCUGCCAGGGACACUGGGGCCCAGACUGCACGACAUGUCCAGGAGGAGCUGCAUCACCAUGCAACGGGAGAGGACAGUGCUCACAGGGUAUAACUGGAAAUGGAACGUGCACUUGUCAGGAAGGGUUUGGUGGAACAGCCUGUGAAAAAUGUGCUGAAGAUAAUUUAUUUGGUCCUGACUGCACAUCAGUUUGUGACUGUGUUCAUGGAGUAUGCAACAGUGGAAUUAGAGGGGAUGGAAGAUGCACUUGCUUCUCUGGAUACAAAGGGCUCAGCUGUGAUCAGCCGAUAGCUGAAUGUGAGGCCUUGCAGUGCCCUGCAAACUCCAGAUGUACAGCCUCAGGUGAGGAUGGAAGACGACUGGAAUGCACGUGUCUGCCCAACUAUCAUGGGGACAGUACACGAUGUGAACCUAUCAACCCAUGUUCCAAAAAGGUCUGCGAUCCCAAUGCUGACUGUGUUUACCUUGGACCAAAUCAGCACAAAUGUACCUGUCAGGAAGGUUACAGAGGGGAUGGUCAGAUCUGCUUACCUGUAGACCCUUGCCAAGCAGCACACGGGAACUGCCCUGCACAGUCCACCAUCUGCAUCUAUGACAGUCCAGGAAAGUCUCACUGUGAAUGCAAGGAACAUUAUACAAACUUUGUACCUGGGAAAGGAUGCAGCAUGAUGGACAUCUGUGAAACAAACAACACCUGCCAUGAAAGAGCUAAAUGCUUAACAGUUGCACCAGGACAGAUUACGUGUACAUGUCAGGGGGGCUCCGUGGGGAAUGGUUUUGUGUGCUAUGGAAACAUCAUGGAGCGCCUCCAAGACCUGAAUGCAGAAGUGGGAGGACGGUGGCAAGGCAAGCUGACAUCCACCCUAUUGCUUCUGGAAAAUACCUACGAAUGGCCGCUGAGCACUCUGGGACCAUUCACUGUGCUUGUACCAACAAACAAGGGGCUCAAAGGUACAAAUAUAAAGGAUCUUCUGAAUAAUAAACAGAAAGCCCAGUACUUCACUAAACUCCAUGUUAUUGCUGGUCAACUUAACACAAGUAGCUUGAAUAAUACCAGUAUAAUAUAUACUUUGACUGGGAAGCCAGGAGAGAUAUCAAAGGGAGAAAAGGAUAAUCAAUUAAGAAUAAGAAUCCAAGGAGGAAGGAGGAAAGGGAAACUUUUACAGGGAAAUAUUAUUGCUUCCAAUGGAAUUUUGCACAUUAUUGACAAAGCCAUGGACAAUGUGGAGCCAACAUUUGAAAGCAGCAAAGAGGAAACCAUAAUGUCAGUACUUCAACAUAAUGGAAGAUACAGUCAAUUUACAUCUUUGAUAGAGAAAACUGGCCUGGGAAUGGAUUUGCAGCAGGACCACAGGCCUUACACAGUCUUUGUUCCAAGUAAUGAGGCUUUGAAUAAUAUGAAAGCUGAGGUUCUGGACUACCUGCUCUCUGCACAGGGUUCAUGGAAGCUGCUGGAGCUCGUCCGAUACCACAUUGUCUCCAAUACUGAGCUCGAGGUUGCCAGCCUUGUCUCAAUAGAGCACAUCAGAAGCAUGGCAAAGCAGUUCGUUUACUUUAACAGGACCAGCACUGGACAAGUCUUGGUGAGUGGAGAAAAAAUGGAAGAAACAGAUAUUGUUGCAAAAAAUGGUCGUAUUUACACUCUUGAGGGAGUUCUUAUCCCACCCACAAUUGUUCCAAUUCUACCACAUCGGUGUGAUGAGACAAGAAGUCAAGUCACAAAGGGUGUCUGUGCAGGUUGUUUAUCGCAUUCAUUGGCUCACUGCCCACAGGAUUCAAAGCCAAUCCCUUUCUCAAAACGGAGAUGCAUUAUUGAACACCCAACCUUUCAGAAAAUCGGCUGCGCUAGAGACUGCAAUAUAACAAUAAAGGAACCAAAGUGUUGCAAAGGCUUCUUUGGCCCUGACUGCAGUCCGUGUCCAGGAGGUUUCUCCAAACCCUGCUCAGGAAAUGGGCAGUGCAUGGAUGGCCUGGAUGGAAAUGGGACUUGCAUUUGCACUGAGGCAUUUCAGGGCUCGCACUGCCAGUUCUGCUCAGACCCCGGCAAAUAUGGACCUCAGUGUGACAAAGACUGCCUCUGCCUUUAUGGGAAGUGUGAUAAUCAAAUAGACAGCAAUGGGAUCUGCCUUCCUGGAUCAUGCAGAAUUGGAUACACAGGGAAACUCUGUGAUAAGCAGAUUGUUCCCUGUGAGCCCUCCCUACAUCUCUGCCAUGCACAUGCAGACUGUCAGAUUAGUGAUGGCGCAGUGAGCUGUGUUUGCAAACCUGGCUAUGAGGGAGAUGGCUUGAGCUGCAGCAAAGUUGAUCCUUGUGCUGCUUUAAACCCUGGUGGCUGCAAUAUCAAUGCCGAGUGCGUUCAGACAGGCCCAGGAGAGCACAUGUGUGUUUGCCAGGCAGGAUGGACAGGUGAUGGAAGGGACUGCUCAGCCAUCAACAACUGCCUGCUACCCAUCACGGCAGGGUGCCACGAAAAUGCCACCUGCAUAUAUGUUGGGCCAGGUCAGAAUGACUGCAAGUGUAAGGAUGGAUUUCAGGGGAAUGGAAUUGAAUGCACACCCAUAAACUCAUGCCUGGAACAAAAUGGAAAAUGCCAUCAUCUGGCAACUUGUCAGUUUGAGUCUUCUCAUGGCUGGAAGUGUGUGUGUCCAAAGGGCUACGAAGGAGAUGGUACAAUAUGCUAUGGAAAUGCUGCAGAUGAGCUAUCUACUCUGUCAGAAGCAGCUGCAUUUAACCAGUGGGUUAAUGAGGCCAAGAUAAACUCAGUGUUAUCCACUGCCUCUAAUCUAACUGUCCUCGUGCCUUCUCUGCAAGCAAUUGAAAACAUGGAUGAAGGAGAGAAAGCCUUUUGGAUGUCAAAAAGUAACAUUCCAACUCUACUGAAGUAUCAUGUACUGACAGGAGCUUACAGCUUUGCUGAUUUCCAGAAUUUAUCAUCCUCUGACAUGCUGCCAACAUCGCUACAGAGCAAAUUCCUACACUUGUCGAAAGAAAAUGGGAACCUCACCGUGGAGGGCGCUCACAUCGUGUCUGGUGACAUCGCAUCCACAAACGGGGUCAUACACGUUAUUGACAAGGUUCUGACCCCCCUCCGCAGCUCUGUCAUGCCAAGGCUGCUGGCCCGCCUGGAGCAAAUGCCUGAUUAUUCCAUUUUCAGGGGCUACAUCGUUCAAUACAGCCUGGCAAACGAAAUAGAAGCAGCAAACAUGUACACAGUCUUUGCCCCAGAUAAUGAUGCCAUAGAAAAUUACCUAAAGGAUAAAAAGUCUGCUACUCUGGAUGAAGGCCAAAUCCGCUAUCAUAUUGUACUGGAUGAGAAGCUCCUGAAGAACAAUCUGCACAAUGGCAUGCACAGGGAGACCAUGCUAGGGUUCUCCUACCAGGUUGGGUUCUUCCUCCACAACAGUCAGCUGUUCAUAAAUGAUGCACCUAUACGCUAUACAAACAUUGCAACAGACAAAGGAAUUAUUCAUGGACUGGGAAAGGUCCUGGAAAUCCAGAAGAACAGAUGUGAUAUCAAUGAUACCGUGAUCAUUGAAAAAUGCAGAAUUUGUUCACACCCAUCAAGUUGCCCCCCAGGAACAAAAGAAAUAGCAGGGGAGAGGAAAUACUGUGUCCUCACAGAAAACCACAUGAGAAUGUACACCAUCCAGAUCGGGUGCCAGCCAAAGUGUGCUAAAACCAUCAUUACAAGGGAGUGCUGCGCAGGUUUCUUCGGGCAGCAGUGCCAGCCCUGCCCAGGAAAAGCAGGGAACGCCUGCUUUGGAAACGGCGUCUGCCUGGAUGGCAUCAAUGGCACAGGCACCUGCCAGUGCGAAGAGGGGUUUGUCGGUACAGCCUGUGAAAGCUGCAUUGAUGGCAAAUACGGCCGCAACUGUGAUCAAGCGUGCACUUGUGUCCAUGGGAAAUGCAGCAGUGGGAUCGACGGGGAUGGUUCCUGUGAAUGUGACGUUGGCUGGAGAGGGGUGGUGUGUGAGACUGAAAUCAAAGACGACGCAUGUAACUCUUCAUGCCACACCAGUGCUAACUGCCUUCUCCUAUCAAAUGGCACUGCCUAUUGCAAGUGUGCAGCUGGGUUUGAGGGGAACGGGACAUUCUGCACAGCUAUCAAUGCCUGUGAGACCAGCAACGGUGGCUGUUCUGCCAAGGCAGAGUGCAGGAGAACAACGCCAGGCAACAGAGUCUGCGUCUGCAACGCUGGGUACACCGGGGACGGAAUAGUCUGCAUCGAAAUCAACCCUUGUCUGGAGAACAACGGUGGAUGUGAUAGAAAUGCAGAAUGCACACAGAUUGGACCCAAUCAAGCAGUAUGUAACUGCCUAAAGGGAUAUUCUGGAGAUGGUAAAAGAUGCACAUAUAUCAGUCUGUGUUCACAAAAUAAUGGAGGCUGCAGUGAAUUUGCCAUCUGUAAUGACACUGAGCUGACGGAAAGGACCUGCACCUGCAAACCUAACUACAUUGGGGAUGGAUUUAUGUGCCGAGGCAAUAUCUUCCAGGAACUUCUCAGGAACUCCAACACAUCUAAGUUUUAUUUCCACUUAGAGGCCUUGUCAAUCAAAGAUAUCGCAGGCCCUGGCCCUUUCACUCUGUUUGUACCUCGCACAGACAUACUGAACACCGACCCACGAGUCAAGGACUGGAUUGCCAAAGGAGUGAUGGCUCAAGUCCUUCGGUACCAUAUGGUGGGUUGUGCCAAUCUGUUGUACAACGACCUGACAAGAAUCACAAACAUCACCUCUCUCCAAGGUGACCUGAUACACAUCAGCUACUCUCAGAACUCACUGGUUUUGAACGACAAAGCUGAAAUCAUAGUCAGUGAUGCUGUUGGCACAAAUGGUGUGAUCCAUGUCAUAAAUCAAAUUCUGGUCCCAUCACAUAUGCAGGAUUUUCCCCUCAAGAAGGAAAGCCUUAAAAUGGUUGCAGCCAAACAUGGAUACAUCCUGUUCAGCAGUUUGCUAGAGAAAAACAACCUGCUUGGGCUGAUCUACGACCCUAUUCACAAACCCGUCACACUCUUCUGGCCCACAGACACAGCUAUCCGUGGGCUCCCACAGGAGCAGCAGGACUUCCUCUUCAAGAAGUCCAACACUGACAAACUGGUGCAGUACCUCAAAUUCCACAUUGUCCGUGAUGCUGCGGUGUUGGCCUACCAGCUCCCCAGCUCUACCUCACUGAAGACCCUGCAAGGCUCCAACCUCAGUGUGAGCUGUGGGGAUAACGGGGACAUUGGUGCCCUUUUCCUGAAUGACAGACAGUGCAAAAUAGUGCAGCGGCAGCUGGAGUUUGACGGGGGCAUCGCCUACGGUAUCAACUGCCUGCUGAUGGAACCCAGCCUGGGGGGACGCUGCGACAGCUUCUUCACUGUGGAUUUCAUGGGGCAUUGUGUUAGCUGUUUCAGUAACUCCAAAUGCCCUCCAGGGACAAAACCAAAGGAAGGAAUCAGCUGGUGCACAUAUGAGUCCUAUGGGCUGCGGAGGGAUGGUUGCCGUCGGAACUGCUCCAUGGUCAUCCACACAACCAAGUGCUGCAAGGGCUACUUUGGACCAGACUGCCAAGCUUGCCCUGGUGGCUCAGAGACCCCAUGCAACAACCAUGGCCUCUGCAAUGACGGGUACACAGGGACAGGAAAGUGCCACUGCAACAGGGGCUUCAACGGGACGUCGUGUGAGCUGUGUUUGCCAGGCAGAUACGGCUUCAACUGCAGACCCUGUGAGUGCAAGAACAACGGGCAGUGUGAUGAAGGAUACUCAGGAACAGGACGAUGUUUCUGUGAAACAGGAUGGACUGGCCGGCUGUGUGAAACCAAGCUAGCUCUGCCACCAGUGUGUUCCCCCAGCUGCUCCCCCAAUGCUGUCUGCACAGAGAACAAGACGUGCCAGUGCAAGCCGCUGUAUGACGGGGAUGGGAUCACAUGCACAGCUGCAGAACUUUGCAAACAAAACAAUGGUGGGUGUCACAAGGCAGCUGAAUGCACACAAAUUGGGGUGAAAGUCUUCUGCAACUGCCAGAAAGGAUACAAGGGAGAUGGGUUUACGUGCCUUCCAAUAAAUCCUUGCGCUGAUGGGUUCAAUGGAGGCUGCCAUGAGCAUGCCAUUUGCACUGUCAUAGGACCUGACAAACGUAAGUGUGAAUGUAAAAAUAACUACAUUGGUGAUGGGCUGAACUGCACCGUGAUGCAGCUUCCUCUUGACCGCUGCUUGCAAGACAAUGGGCAGUGCCACCCCGAUGCUGACUGUGCCGACCUCCAUUUCCAAGAUACCACGGUUGGAGUUUUCCAUUUGCGGUCCCCACAAGGGCAGUACAAAAUGACUUAUGAGAAGGCAAAGGAGGCCUGUGCCAACGAGUCAGCCACCAUUGCUACAUAUACCCAGCUGCUGUAUGCACAGAAGGCAAGGUACCACCUGUGUUCUGCUGGCUGGCUAGAUGGGGAAAGAGUGGGCUACCCGACUGGCUUCUCCUCUCCAAACUGUGGCUCUGGCUACGUCGGCAUCGUGGACUAUGGGAAAAGAGUCAAUCUGAGUGAAACCUGGGAUGUUUUCUGCUACAGGGAGAAAGAGGUGAACUGCACCUGCAAGCCAGGCUACGUGGGGGACGGCUUCUCCUGCAGUGGGAAUUUGCUGCAAGUGCUGAUGUCCUUCCCAACGCUGACAAACUUCCUGUCGGACAUCAUGGCUUACUCCAACAGCUCUAGAAAGGGGAGAGAGUUCCUCCAGUACCUCACGGACCUGUCAUUGCAUGCCACUCUCUUUGCUCCAAAUGAUAGUGGGUUAAAGGAAAAUGAGACACUUUCAGGGAGAGACAUCGAGUAUCAUUUAUCUAAUGCCAGGAUAGUGUUUUACGAGGACUUGACCAAUGGAACCACUCUUCUAACUCAUCUAGGGAAAAAACUCCUCAUUACAAACACCAGGGGCCAGGAACAUCAAGCCCCCGCCGCUGAACAGAGCGAGAUCCGAUAUGUGGACAGAAGCGCUAUCGUUGAGUGGGAUAUAAUUGCCUCCAAUGGAAUAAUCCACAUCAUUUCAGAACCUCUAAAGGCUCCACCAGAACCUGUUCCUCUCCACGCCAGUACUGGGACGGGAAUAUUCUUUGGCAUCUGUCUAGUUACUGGAGUUGUGGCUCUUAUCGGAUAUUCUUACCUCAGGUUCAGGAAGAGAAACACGAGCUUCCAGCACUUCAAGUCAAAAGAUGACACUGACACAUCAUCACUGGACAAGUCACAGCCUUCAAAUAUCACCAACCCCUCAUAUGAAAGUUCUUCUGUGCUGACUCCACCAGAACCUACUUAUGAUCUUUUCUCAGAUUCAGAUGACCAACAGCUUGUGAUGAGUGGUCCUCAUGAUCAGAACUAAAGACUGAAUUUGGCAUUAGUCAGUUAUUAAACACAUUUCUAUUUACAAUUACUGUGAAGAAAACCAGCACCUACACAUUACAGGGAAUAAAAUCUUGUUACAAAUUAAAAACCAAAAAAGCUCGGCUUUAAGAUGCAGUCUAUAUAACUCAUAGAGUUACCAACCUCAGAUGUGUUGGCUGUGUCUGAGCAGUACCAACUAUGAGCGUUAAAUGCAAGACUGAGUCUCAACAAACCUAACCAGAAGCAAACAGACUCCUCUCUGGGAAAAGUAGAUAACUUUCACUAGCCUGCUUUGUAACUGCUUUUAUUCUUCUUCACAGACUUUAAAAUGGCCACAAACACACAGUGCUGCUAACUUGGCAAAUAUCCUACAUUUCUUAGUUCUCUAGGUCUGUGCUUUCAUUUGGCUCAGCUACAAGCAUGAAACGCAAUAUGUGUUAAACAUCUAUUUUUAAACUGAGGGGAUUUUUUUGCUAGCAUACUUUCAGGUAAGAUAUUCAGCAGCAGGAAACACAACCACCCCGUCUGCCCCACUUGCCUCUGUCUUUCCUUGAACUUGGCUGUUUUGUUUACAUCUCAUUUCAUUGUACAAAGGGAAGUAGUCAUUGAGGCAUCUUUACCAAGACAUGCAGGCGAUGUGAGAGCAUUUAAAUGCCAAUCAAUCUUUACCUGACCCAUUUUUGUGACAGACAACGAAUAUGAACAUCCCCUUACCAUGCAAUGCCCACAUUCAGUUUUUCGGGUCCGGAAGGAGCAGAAGCUGCUUCUUCACAAACUGUAUUUUUACAAAGCACAGCAGUAACAGCUGUAACUGGCACCACACUAUUAGAAGUGAAUCAAAUAAGUUUCCUUCAACCAAAAUAUUCAUAUCAUAGCGAUACAGCAAGAACACAAAGGAAACCACAAAACAGCAAGCAAAGGAAGAUCUUUUUGCUGGCAGCAGCAACAUCCCCCUAAUGCCUGGGGGGCAUUAGGUGGUGUCACCCCAGGAUGCCUACUGUCAAGACAAGAUAAGCAGGCAAACCCAGGGUUGUUGAUGCAGCUUUCGAGCACAAAGGGAAUCUAAUGUGUAAAAACACCUGGAUGAAACAGACAGACAGAAGUAAUUCCCCAAACCUCUUCCCCUGCACCCCUACAUAUCCCUGCCUUUUUUUUUACCUAUAUUAAAAAGUUUAGAACACAAACACAGUUAAAACACACACUUAUGUAUCUAGGAGUUUUCCCCAGAGAAUUUUGCAAUUAAUACAGAUCAUGUUCUUUCCUUCUCCCCAGUCACCCAAAAUAUUAAGGCUCAGAGAGACCAGAAGAUAAAGUCCAAACAUUUAUUUUUGUAAUAAUCAUUAAAUAUUUUUAUCACAAAAAAAAAGCCCCACAGUUCAUAAAACUCUUUCUUUUAUUGACAGACUAUUCACUUCUGUGUUUUUAAUAGAACAGAACAAAAAUUUCUUCUUGCUUUGGUGUUCAAAUGAACUGUACUCUCAAAAUUAAUAUAAAGAAACACUGCCUUUUAAACAUGCUCAAAAAUCUCUUUGAAGUCAAUAGCAUAACAAGGUUAAAAUAAGUAACACAGAGAGUGCCAAGGUGAAAUCAUUAAAAAAAUGCAAGAUAUUUUUAAAAGUUAAAGAGCCGCAUUCUAGCACUGAAAAAUAAAUAAUACACUUCAAUACUCUCACUUAAAUUCAUAUUACAUAUAGUUGGAUUGUUUUAAGGAAACACAACCCUCUCAUAUUUAAUUCUUUUCAUGCAACGUUGUUUAUUUCAAGAACUCAUGCAAUAUAAACAAUAUUUUACUUGAGCUCGCUGUUGUAACAUAACUUGGUACAGAAGUUUGAUUUUUAAGUUAAGAGAACGGAAGGGUAAAAGAAGAAAAUCUUGAAACAAAAUGUGUAUUAUGUGGAUAACACCAUCCAAGCCAAUUAAACUGUUCCUGCUUAACACAGGAAAAUUAAGCAAACAAACUGGCUCCUAGCCAGCUUUGAAAGAAUAAACAUCACAGAGCUAUAAUCAACAAAACAUGAUCAAGUUCAAUAAUGCAGAACUGAAUAAUACAAUCUUCUUAUUUGCUGGUAGUAAGAUGGAGAAUGUAGAGUGGUUUUGGUGGGUUUUUUUUCUUUUCUUAAAGAGUGAACUAAAAUCUCUGGAGCAUGAGUGGUGCUACACACCUGUAACACCAAAUUCAGUUGUAGCUGAGCAUUAGAAUAAAGAACCGAAGGCAAAUCGGGAUAUUUCCAUCCCCACAUUUCAUUAACAAGUUAUGCUAAAUAUUUCUUGCACAGCCUCACCAACAAGUCUCCUGAUAAAGUCAAACUAACUUCCUGCAAAACUUUAUCUUUCCAUCCAGCAAAACAGCAGGACAGUCAGAUGAACUUCCUCAUUUCAAGUGUAUUCAUCUGUUUAAAUACACACACACACUUCAGGCAUGUUGCACGUCAAGUUUGAAAUAGGAGCACAAGAAAACAAAAUCCACAAUCACCUCUGAGGACAUCAUAUUGAUUUCAAGCAUACAGGAAAACUACUUAUAAAAUUGUGCAAACUAGAUUAAAAUACAUUCUUUACUUUGCAAACAUGCUUUUAAAAACAUGAAAGAUACUGUAUAUGAAAUUCAAUCUAGGUAAUUGCACAUAAUACAGACAGGUUAAAAAAGAAAAAGCCAAAACGAGAAAACUUUUGGUCACCAAAAGUUUGUUUACCUGACAAUCAUGAAAGUGAAAUUAAGAACACCAGAUGCUAUAUGUUUUGUUAAUUGUAUGCUUUUAAAAACCAAGGCUUUAAUAACUAAAAUUUGGAAGUUAUUAAUCAUAUUAUACCUGCUAAAAUGGCUGGAGUGGGAAGUACCAGUUAAAAAAAACAAACAAACAAACAAAAAAACCAACCCAUUUCCUUUGGAUCCAGAGAAAGAAAAUAAUUCUUACUUAAAAACAACUAUAUAGCAGUUCUAUAAAGUGCCUGUUAGAGGAAACACAUCAACAGAUGUUUUCCUUGUGCAAAGUAGACAUUUUUCAGCUCAAAUCUUUGGAACAAAUGCUACCCAGAGUUUGUGUUUAUGCAUUACCUUCAGUUUCAGUAAUUCAAUAAAACUUCUAAUCUGCACCACCAAAACUAUUUUUCUUUAUGCAAAAUCUGCACCAUCCCUAAUUCAGCUUUCAG